CUGGUUCAGUAACAGCUCUGUGGUCCUCCUCUCUCAGCAGACCUCAAUAGUUGGCGGAUGAGGGCGCCUCACCGCCGUCAGACACCCACAGUCUUUCUCUUAUUAGUGCACGCGCGCCCCUCUGAACGGGACCAGAUGAUGAGCGCCAAAUAAGACGAAAACCGUCCACGCGUAAAGUUCGCAUCCGAUUCACUACUUCGGUGAUGUAAAAACCUCGAAGGAGGAGAAUUUUCUACGAGUCGGGUCGAAAGGGAAGCUUGAGGAGUCGUGCCUGUUGGAGCUGGCGCUGACCAUCAAAUGACCAACUUCUGAAAGUCGCUCUGGGCUGUUCCUGCAGUUUCUCAGCUCGAAACCUCCGCAACAACAUCAUGACUGUCUCGCUAUCCUCCAUCAUUUUGCUUGUACUCCUCAAUUCUGCUUUGGAUUGGCUCCCCACUCCAGGAUUUGCAUUUCUCAUGGAUCAUGACCAAAGAUCAUCAUCGGCUACCCUUGAGCCUCACUUCACAGACUGCAUCUCGAGGGACCAGGUGACUUUCCGCUGCUGGUGGAGUCCAGGCAGGCUCCACAACCUGUCCUCUCCUGGAACACUGAGUGUAUUUUACCUAAAGAAGGACUCUCCAACUAGUGAAUGGAAGGAAUGUCCUGAGUACAUCCAUGAAAACAGAGAGUGCUUUUUUGAUGCAAAUCACACAUCGAUUUGGACCCCGUACUGUGUCCAGCUUCGUGGCCAAAAUAUCACCUACUUCAAUGAAGAUGACUGUUUCACAGUGGAAAAUAUUGUGCGUCCUGACCCUCCUGUGUCUCUAAACUGGACACUGCUGAAUAUCAGCCCCUCUGGACUCAGUUACGAUGUCCUAGUCAACUGGGAGCCCCCGCCCUCUGCAGAUGUUAGUGUAGGCUGGAUGCGCAUAGAGUAUGAAGUCCAAUAUAGAGAGAGGAAUGCCACCAACUGGGAAACGCUGGAAAAGCAGCCUCAUACUCAGCAGACAAUCUACGGCCUGCAAAUUGGAAAAGAGUACGAAGUGCACAUCCGCUCCAGGAUGCAGGCCUUCGUCAAGUUUGGAGAGUUCAGUGACUCCAUCUUUUUCGAAGUGACAGAGAUUCCCAGCAAUGAUUCUACAGUCCCAUUCACACUGGUUCUAACCUUUGGUAUUGUCGGUGUCCUGAUGGUUGCCAUGUUGAUAGUCAUUUCUCGGCAGCAAAGAUUGAUGAUGAUUCUCUUGCCUCCUGUUCCUACGCCCAAAAUCAAAGGCAUUGAUUCAGAAUUGUUGAAGAAGGGGAAACUGGAAGAGUUGAACUUUAUCCUGAAUGGUGGGGGUGGAGAUGGCCUACCAGCCUAUGCAACAGAUUUCUAUCAAGAGGAGCCUUGGGUGGAGUUCAUUGAGGUGGAUGAAGAGGAUGUAGAAGGUGAAGAUAAAGAAGAUAAUUACAAUUCAGAUACCCAGAAGCUCCUCGGUCUCCCCUACAGGACUACAGAGGGCUGUAGCACCAUCAGCUACCCUGAUGAUGACUCGGGCCAGGCCAGCAGUGACAACACAAAUCUGCCUCCACAUGACAGCCAGAUGCUCAUAGCGUCCUUGCUGCCGGGCCAACCUGAGGACAACGAGGAUACCGUUGAUGCUCCAGCCUCGGAGACAGGUGAAAGGCCGCUUAUCCAAACUCAAAUCAGGGGGCCACAGACUUGGGUCAACACAGACUUAUAUGCCCAGGUCAGCAAUGUUAUGCCCUCUGGGGGGGUGGUGUUGUCCCCUGGCCAGCAACCUAAAAUCCAGGACAACACCUCAAGUUCAGAGAGUAAGACACAAAAAGGAGAAAAGAAAAGUGAAGACAAAGAGGGGAUAGAGGAACAGACAAAAAAUGAGCCCCGUUUUCAGAUGCUUGUAAUGAUUCCAGAGGGAAGCGAAUACUCAGCUGAGAGUGACGCCAUACAGACCAGCACUCCCCCCAGCUCUCUGGUGCCUGGGUCAGGGUACCAAACCAUACAGCCACAACCAACGGAGACCAAACCUGCAGCCAUGCCAGAUACCAAUCAGUCACCAUAUAUUCUCCCCGAGUCUCCCCAGUCUCAGCUUUUUGCCCCUCUUGCAGACUACACAGUGGUGCAGGAGUUGGACACGCAUCACAGUUUGCUCCUUAACCCACCUCCCAGCCAGUCUCCGUCUUUGUGCCAGCCACAGCAUCCCCUCAAAGCCCCGAUGCCUGUAGGAUACGUCACCCCUGACCUGCUUGGGAACCUCACACCAUAAGUUUACAGCAUCAGCAUACCUUAACUACAGGUGUAUGGCUAAUUGUUCAGAAAGUCAGGAUGCAGUAGCUAUACCCGAUUCCUGACAAUUAAAAAAAAACAUCCUGUAGCUCAUCAAUGUAUAACUAUGUAUACAGGUGUUCAGAGGAUAUACAAGGGAUUAUAUAAAUGUACAUCUCAACAAGUUAAAAUCUGAAAACAAUGUUCCUCAGCAAGUUAGUUUAAAAAGUGCAUUAUAGAUAUAUAUAUCCCUCUUUGUGAUGAAUGUGCUGAUUACAGAAGUUUCCUUUGAAUUGAAGUGCUGAAAUGCAUUGACAACAUGGUAAUUUUUUGAGAUACGCUACAAACUAUUGUACUCAUACAUUUAGGUCUGCUUAAUUGCCUAUUAUAAGGCACAAACAAUGCACAAUUUGCAUCCAUGCAUGAUCAUAGCAAGCGAUGUAAAACCUAAAAUGUAUGGAAAGUAACCUUAGAUUGCCUUACAGUCUUAAUAUUGAAGGUUAAGUCAGUAAAUCACGGAGGAGAUGGGAAAAAAAAACAUGGUAGCCAUGUUUUUAACAUCAGGGUAAUCUGACUUUGAUAGCAGUUGCCUUUCUGAGGUGUAUUGCCUAUCACACUUACCAUAUGCUCCAAAGCUCUCUAUUUCUUUGUGUCAUACUGUUAGUAAACACAAAUAUUGUAAUCACAAGAUUAUCAAGAAGUAUAUUUUUUCUAUGAAACACUAAACCUUAAAACAAAGCUGUGCAGAUUUUAAUCUCUGACUUUGUUUCUUCUGAUAAAAAAAAGUUUUCUCUCUAGUAUGCCAACAUAUUAAAACCAAAGUUAAUGGAGUUUCUAAAGGGGAUGUUAGGAGCUGAUAGGGAAUACAGGGAAGUAUACCAAUAGAUGAAGAUUAUAUAUAUUAAAUGAAGAUUGAAAUACAUAACUGAAUAAAUCUAAGCUUCAUUUUAAUACUAUACAUGUAUUGUACUUGUAACAAUGUUGGUUAUUUUUUCAGAAAAAAAAAUAGAAUUUUUUUUUUAAAUUACUGUUUCUUUGUUCUUCAUAUGAGUAAGGAUUUAUUUAGAGAUUCCUUCACAUUUAGGAGCCAAACAUGGCCACUUAGGGCCCCCUUCACACAACCCAUCAGGAUGUAGGGGUUCUCAUGUGGAAAUGUGAUAUAUUAUGUCAGCUGUUUUGUGCAUGCACACAAUUUACCUUGUGCGGCUGGAAAGAUUUUUAGAUAAAUUUUUUUGAUCCCCUACCAAAUUAGGAUUCAUGUGUACUGGGCUUCUUUUAACAUUUGUCUCCCAGUGGUUGAAAAGUGCUCAGCACACCAUAGGAACAAAAGGGAAGACAGUCAUGCUACAGGUAAAGUGAUGAGGAUACUCUACUUUAGUGCCGCGUAUUCUCCUCCACGCCUCCCCCUAAAAUUGAUGACGGUGGCGCUGAAACCUCCUGUAUUUGUCAAUUAGAUAGUUAAAAAACAUACUUGUCUGGACGUGAUCCCGAGAGCAGUAGUAAUGUGAUGGGUUGGCAGUUUUUUUUUUUGUUUGUUUUUUUUUACAUUUUAUAAUAUAUUACAUUAUAUAUUAUAUGUUGUAUCUUUAUUAGAUAUCCUGGAUGUCAUAGGACUGUUAUAUUCUGUGUGAAGGGGGCCUAAUCCAUGUUACAGAACCAGCAGCAGCCCCAGCUGCUUCAUUUGAUGCUACAUUGCUUUGCUAAUGCAUUCAUUUAAAAGCAAGGCGACAUACAUAUUGAUAAAAUAUAAUUUCUGCAAUUCAAACUUUCUGAGAGGGAAUGCUCUGCCUAUGUUAUAUUAUCAUUGCAGGGACAGCAACUGGAUUAAGUUGAAAGACUGUGAAAGUGUACUAUAGAAGCUAUCAGCUCACACAGUACUUAUGUGCCACGUUCACUAUAUAAACACCUGUGCCUAUUGUUGUAUGGUUUGUUUAAUUGUUAUGGUACUAUGCUAUGUGAUUCAGAUUUUUGCAUAUCCAUAAACAAUAAGGUACCUCUGUUAGCUAUGUAUAAAUGAACUGAUUUAAAUCAUUUCUGUGCCAAGAAACACUGCUUAAAAUAUGCACGACAUAAAGACAUGCAUACAUGUAUAUAUCUACACAGUACAGAAAAAAAACAUUCCCUAUAAUUAUAACAUUGUGUGUUCACUAUUUCUGUGUGUUACACUAUUUUUUUAAAUUAAUCUUCAUGUAGAUGUAUCAUUCAGAUUCAGUUAUCAGCAUUCAAGGACAUAUUUUUGAUUAAGAGAGAACAAUAUACAAGUCAAAGACAAUCAGCAGAUUGUUUGAAAUUGGACACGAGGUGUUAGUUUGCUUUGCUUUGUACUUUUCUUUGAUUAAAGACAUUAUAGGUAGUGUUUAAAGGGAAUAUCCUACCCUAGUGCACUUAUUUAGCCAUAUUUCCUUGGAUAAUAGCUUAUAUUUUAUUACAGUUUUUUAAUAUAUUUGCGUUUACAAGUAGUAGAAUUACACAGAAGAAUUCCUGAAAAGCAAUCUGGUGCCUGUAAUACUCAUCCUCUGGUUUUUGACUUGAAGAUUCAAAAACAUGCUUGUCAUAAACAUCGUAACCUUACAGUACAAGUAAGAUGUGUGACAUAUUUAUAUACCCACAGGUACAUGACAAUAUUGGUAACUUCAAAAAU